GAGGAAAGCCGACUGACUUUCCCGGCCUCCCGGGGCCGCCCCAGGGCUCCAGAACCCCCGCGCCGUUCUAGCUAGGUGGACUCUUCCGUCCGCGGGUCCCGCCUGACCUGCCCCUGCCUGGGGCGCCCGGGGCCGCACCUUUUAGGGACGGGGGGAGGGGCACAAAAGGCUGGCUCUCGGGGCCUGGGUCCUCUAGCAGACUACGGGGGGGGGGGCGGCCCCGAGGGCGACUGGAUGGGGAGGAGGCGGAACUUAGUAGCAGCUGGGGAGGAGCAAUGACAGGGAGGAGCCUUAGUGGGUGUGGCUUAGGGGGGAAAUGGGCGGGGCAGAGCGGUUGUUGGGAGUGGGAGGAGCUUAGACAAAGGGUGGGGUUUGGUAAAGGGGCGUGGCUCAGUGAGAAUGGUGGCGGGGCCCUAGGUUGAAGGGUCCUAAUUGAGGCUGAGUGGGGAAACGGGGGCUCAGUGUGAAGAUGGGAGAAGCUUAGAGGUGGAGUUUCUUCAGGGGCGUGGCUUAGAGAAAGUGAUGGGUACAGUGAGGGGGUGGGGUUUAUGCAUGUAAUUUGGGGAGUAUUAGUGGAAAUAUCAAGCCUUUAUAAUGCAAGUGAAAUGAGGGCCUGGAACGACUGAGAAAGUGAGAAAGGGUCGUGGAGAGUGUCUUGGAAAGGACGGGGCUUACUUCAAGGAUGAGUUUAAGGAAAAAUUGAGUGGGGUUUUGGAGGCAGGUCUUAGUGAAGAAGAUACGGUGGGAUUUAAAGAGGACACUCAGAGGUAGGUACUUAGAGGACAGUUGUAAUCAAAACAGCUUACCUGUUGAGUCUUUGCUGUGCGCAGGCCUAAGUAAGCAGGCAGUCCGCAUGACCACAAUUUUGCUUAGUCCUCAUCGCCACUCCAUGAGAGAGCCCCCACCCGCCACUGCCCUCGUGCCACGCCACAAUGGAUGAUGCCCCGCUGCCAGAGCCCCGGGUCCCUGCCCCAGCCCCAGCACCACCCGCCGCCACCGCCCCUCGGGUCCCGUUUCACUGCAGUGAGUGUGGCAAGAGCUUCCGCUAUCGCUCGGACCUGCGGCGCCACUUCGCCCGGCACACUGCGCUCAAGCCCCACGCGUGUCCGCGCUGCGGCAAGGGCUUCAAGCACAGCUUCAACCUGGCCAACCACCUGCGCUCGCACACAGGCGAGCGGCCCUACCGCUGUUCUGCCUGCCCCAAGGGGUUCCGAGACUCUACCGGCCUGCUGCACCACCAGGUUGUCCACACUGGUGAGAAGCCCUACUGCUGCCUGGUCUGCGAGCUCCGCUUCUCCUCACGCUCCAGCCUGGGUCGCCACCUCAAGCGCCAGCACCGCGGUGUGCUCCCGUCCCCCCUGCAGCCCAGCCCGGGCCUGCCUGCCCUGAGUGCACCCUGCUCCGUCUGCUGCAACGUGGGGCCCUGCUCAGUGUGCGGGGGUGCUGGGGCCAGCGGCGGCGGAGAGGGCCCGGAGGGGGCCGGCGCGGGCCCGGGCAGCUGGGGGCUGGCGGAGGCGGCAGCUGCAGCAGCGGCCUCGCUGCCCCCAUUCGCGUGCGGUGCCUGUGCACGGCGCUUCGACCAUGGCCGUGAGCUGGCUGCCCAUUGGGCCGCACACACAGACGUGAAGCCCUUCAAGUGCCCACGCUGCGAGCGCGACUUCAAUGCUCCCGCACUGCUGGAGCGGCACAAGCUGACGCACGACCUGCAGGGCCCUGGCGCACCCCCAGCGCAGGCCUGGGCCGCGGGGUCUGGCGCUGGGCCCGAGACCCCUGGCGAGGGUGGUGCUGUGGAGGCGGGUGACGCUGGAGCGGCCUGGGACGGCGGGCUACUCCUGGGCCGCGCGGGGGGCGGCGUGCCCGAGUUGGGGCGGCUGCUUCCUGAGGGCGGCGGGGAGGCCCCUGCUCCAGCGACUGCGGCGGAGCCAUCGGAAGACACCCUAUACCAGUGCGACUGUGGGACCUUCUUCGCAUCGGCUGCGGCCCUGGCCAGCCACCUGGAGGCGCACUCGGGGCCGGCCACCUAUGGCUGCGGCCACUGCGGGGCGCUGUACGCAGCUCUGGGGGCCCUGGAGGAGCACCGGCGUGCUAGCCAUGGCGAGGGCGGCGGGGCAGAGGCGGCUACAGCAGUCCCCGAGGGGGAGCCCGCGUCUGGGGAGCCCUCGUCCGGCUCCGGCCGCGGCAAGAAGAUCUUCGGCUGCUCCGAGUGCGAAAAGCUGUUCCGCUCGCCGCGCGACCUGGAGCGGCACGUGCUGGUGCACACGGGUGAGAAGCCGUUCCCGUGCCUCGAGUGCGGCAAGUUCUUCCGCCACGAGUGCUACCUCAAGCGCCACCGGCUGCUGCACGGCACCGAGCGGCCCUUCCCCUGCCACAUCUGUGGCAAGGGCUUCAUCACGCUCAGCAACCUCUCCAGGCACCUGAAGCUGCACCGGGGCAUGGACUGACCUGCGCCCCUUCCUGCCACCACCGCCUGGGGCUGGACUCAGGGCCCGGCCCAGGAGACGGUCCAAAUCCAGACACGCCCUGAGAUGAGGGGACCCUGGUUGGAGAGAUGGGCCACUAGAAACCCACACAGACCCCUGAGCUGAUGGACAGCAAAUAAAGGGAAAACUCCUCAGCUCGGGGGUCUGGGGUCUAUGGAGAGACUCCUGAGCUUGAGGACCCCCUGGAAUCUGUGCUAGGCACCUCCAAAUCAAUGGCCUCUAAGUUGGGGGACCUAGGAAUGAGAAAUGGGUCUUCAAAAGUACUCAUCUUGAGGGCCCUAAUAAGCGAUGGGCACACCUCCCCCACGGGAAGUCUGCCUUCUCCCUGAGAGCCAUCAUUCCAAACAAUCUGGAUGUGGAGAAUGUGGGGGGACCAUGUCCUCAAAUUUCCCUGGCCCCUCCAAGUGCUACCCACCACAGUCACUGGUGCCCUCAGAUAAUGGAUAUACCGGAGUCUGCCUUUCCUGCCACUUCAUUCCCUAUGCCGAAAGAGGACCAGGGUAGAUGCCCCCUGCCCUCCACCCACUCCCCAAUUAGGUUUCCCUCCCCUGCUGCAGAAUGGACUAACCCUAAUGAUCUCCUCCACCCCCAAACGCUAGAAUAGGCUGGUUUGGAAUCCCUCUGCCCAGUAGAAUGGACUGAUCCGAUACGUACACCCCUGUCCACUGGAAUGGGCUGGCCCAAGUCGAAGCCUGCACCCCACCCUCCUUAGAGUGAAUAGGGCAGACACUCCCCUUCCUCUUCCACUGUCAUUCCCCGUCCUGUGAACUCACCUGAGUGGGAGGUGGUGGACACUGGGUAGCCCUCCUGCUCUGCUGUAGCACCUGUCGUCUUUCCAUCUCUGUCGGUUUGUCUCUGUCCCUUCCAAACCCAAGGGGGAGGGGGUUUGGCUAGGGGGUACCCCUGUGAACCUCCACCUCACCCCCUUGUCCCACUCCCCAAUGUCUCCAGGACCCCAAUAAACCUUGUCCUGUCAGUCA